UUUCCGCUUCCACUACCUGUUCCGGUACCAGAUCCCAUUCCGGUGCCUGUGCCAGAGCCAGUGCCGGUACCUGUACCUGAGCCAGUUCCCGUGCCUGUUCCCGUGCCUGUUCCAGAGCCGGUUCCUGAACCGGUCCCAGAGCCUGUUCCUGAGCCAGUACCAGAGCCCGAACCUAUUCCGGUACCAGAGCCAUUACCAUUGCCUGUGCCUGAGCCAGAGCCCGAACCGCUGCCAGUGCCGGUGCCAAGCCAGUGCCUGAACCUGAUCCAGUACCAGUGCCUGUUCCAGAGCCAGAACCUGUGCCGGUUCCGGUUCCAGUGCCAGUUCCGCUACCCGAGCCAGUACCGGUUCCUGAUCCACUUCCAGUUCCGGUUCCUGUGCCAGUUCCGCUACCUGAGCCAGUACCGGUUCCUGAGCCACUUCCGGCUCCUGUGCCUGUGCCAGUUCCAGAGCCAGUACCACUACCUACACCAGUGCCAGUUCCUGAGCCAGAGCCUGUACCACUGCCUGUGCCUGAUCCAUUUCCAUAUGCCGGUUCCAGUUCCACUACCCGAGCCAGUACCGAUUCCCGAGCCACUUCCGGUUCCUGAGCCACUUCCAGUUCCGGAGCCACUUCCGGUUCCCGAUCCACUUCCUGUUCCGGUGCCAGUGCCAGUUCCGCUUCCUGAGCCGGUGCCUGAGCCGGUUCCAGAUCCCGAACCACUUCCGGUACCUGUGCCUGAACCUGAGCCUGAACCACUGCCAGUGCCUGAACCUGAUCCGGUUCCAGUGCCUGUUCCAGAGCCAGAACCUGAUCCGGUUCCAGUGCCACUACCGGUUCCUGAACCAGUUCCACUACCCGAGCCAGUACCGAGCCACUUCCGGUUCCCGAUCCACUUCCUGUUCCGGAUCCUGUGCCAGUACCGCUACCUGAGCCUGUGCCUGAACCGGUUCCAGAUCCCGAACCACUUCCGGUACCUGUGCCUGAACCACUGCCAGUGCCAGAACCUGUUCCAGAUCCGCUUCCUGAUCCAGUAG